AUGCAGUCUUCACCUCCUCCCACCGACCCAGCCAUGGCAAUGGAUCCUGGGCCUUUGUCAGAGGCUGCUGAACCGGCUCCUCCUCCUCCUCCUUCGGAUCCAUCAGGCCCUGCUGCUCCAGCUAUGCCCUCUGAACAGUCCGGACAAACUGAGUUAGUUGCGAAGAACCUCCUCCCCCUACCCGACUUUCAGGAUGUUCCAACUUCUUCACCAACAUCCGACUCUCCUCCUGUGCCUGUGGAGUCUGAGUCUCUUCCAGAAGACAAGGAAGCUCCCAUUGAAACGCAGGAACCCGUGACAGCAGCUGUUGCUCCUACGUCCUUGAACAGCUCCGAAUCAGGUCACGACAACAAGCCCAAAGUCCCUCCUCUUCCUCUGCAUGCUCCAACUCGAAGUGCAACCUCCCAUCAUCCUUUCCAGAACCUGGUCCCCAGCCCACCUCCUGUUCCUUCAGAUUUGGGCACGGCGAGCACGCUGAAUCCCGAAUCCGCACUUUCUCAGUAUCUCCCUUCCGGCAAUCUGGAACCAGGGCAGGAUGCAAGCUCGAGCAAGGAGACUCGUCCUUUAUUCUCAAUGUUUCUGGAGGACUCAAGAUCUGCUGAGAGAUCUCAAGGAAUUCCUCAGCUAUACCAGCCAAAGGCUGCUCAGAAUGCUGCGUAUACUCAAUCAACACGACUGUGUCAGGCCAACUUUGACUACAAAGGGAACAGGAAAUGCCUGCAAUGGCAAGGACCAAACGAUGGAGAAGCUUUGCUCCGAACCGUUGCUCGUGCAUACGGGGUCGGUUUGCGGUCCCCAUCCAACCCCCACGGGAAGCUGAUUUACUUGACCUCCAGAGACACUCAUGAGAUCAUCGACGUUGAUACCACGUUUGUACAUGACAACAGUGAUUUGAUCGUGCACAUUGAGCCUGAGGAAAGCGAGAAUGGUUUCUGCGGAGUUGGCAAUGACGGUGGUCCCUUCAAUGUGGUCCCUUGUAUCGUUCGAUUGUUCACUUGCGAGUAUGCCGCUCCUUCGAGGCGCAUCCUCGCGCAGAAGAACUCAGAUGAAUCGUUUGUGAUGUGA